AGUUCACUCCAACGAUCCAUCGCAGUCUCCGAUACAAAAUACAAAUUGUACAGCUAUAUCGUCUCGUCUGCAACUAAACCACCACCAUGGCUCAAUUUAAGGCAUGCAUCGUCGGUCUGGCAUUGAUCGGUCUCUGUGUGGCUGAUACAGUCAAGACUACUGACACCAAGACCGCUAACAAACGUAGCGCCGAUUUGUCUUACGGUCUCCCGUCUGCGUACUCCGGCUUAUCUUCCAGCUACGGAUCUGGCUACGGUCUAUCUUCCGGUUACGGUUCCGGUUACGGUCUGUCUUCCGGCUACGGUUCUGGUUAUGGUUUGUCUUCCGGCUACGGUUCGGGAUACGCAUCCCAUGCAGUACCAGUCAAAGUGAGCCAGUCCGACCAGGUGGUUCCCGUGUCCGUGCCACAACCGUACGCCGUGCCAGUCACCCGUCACGUGCCAGUGUCCGUGCCACACCCCGUGCCAGUGUCCGUGCCAAGAGCCGUCCCGGUCAGCGUACCACACCCAGUCCCGGUCACCGUCGACCGCCCAUACCCCGUUGAUGUACCACGCAGCGUGCCAGUCAGCGUGCCACACCCAGUCCCAUACCCAGUCAACCGCCCAGUGCCAUACACCGUCCCACAACCGUACCCAGUCGAAAUCCAACAACACGUGCCAGUCUCCAUCCCAACUCCCGUCAUCGCACCGUCUUACGGAUACUCUGGCGCUUCAUCAUACGGAUCUCUGGGAUACUCUGGCGCUUCAUCAUACGGAUCUCUAGGAUUAUCUGGCGCUUCAUCAUACGGAUCUCUGGGAUACUCCGCUCCGUCCUACGGAUCUUCAUACGGAUACUCUGCUCCAUCAUACGGAUCUUCAUACGGAUACUCUGCUCCAUCAUACGGAUCUUCAUACGGAUACUCCGCUCCGUCUUACGGAUCUUCCUUCGGAUCUUCCUAUGGAUCUCACGGACUCUCAUCCCUGUCCUCUUACAGUGGAUCGUCGCUGUCCGGUUUGUCUUACGGACACGGUCACUCCGACGAAUACAAGAAAUAAAAACCGUGACAUCGCGUCCGACAAUGCUCUAUUACAAUAUGCAACCGCGCCGAAUCCGAAACCCACACAAAAUCUCAUUCGUCGCACCCACCAGCAACCGUCACCGUCUAACGCAGUACAAUUUUAACACUGUCUGCAUUAAAUCAUAUUAUUAUAAUUUUAUACUGACGUAUAUAUAAAUGUAUAUAUUAUAUUAUAUUAUAUAAACUGACUGGA